AUGGAGGUGCUUCAAGUAGUGGCGGCGGCGGCGGCGUUGGUGUGCGGCGGCGGCCUCAUCUUUGGGGUUGUCAAGAGGGUGAACGAGUGGGUGUACGUAAGCAGUUUGGGGCGGCAGAGAGCUGCUCUGCUGCCUCCGGGCGACAUGGGCUGGCCUUUGGUCGGCCAGAUGUGGGCCUUCUUCAGGGCCUUCAAGUUCGGCCGUCCCGAUUCCUUCUUGGCUCGCUUCAUCUCGAGAUUUGGGCGUACAGGCAUAUACAAGACCUUCAUUUUCGGAAGUCCAAGCAUCAUUGUGUGCACUCCUGAAACAUGCAAGCGUGUGUUGACAGAUGACCAACACUUCAUUCCUGGCUACCCAAAAGCCACCUCGAAGCUAAUGGGCAACAGAUCAUUCCACGGCAUCUCACCCGCUGAGCACAAGCGGCUGCGACGGCUGACGGCCGCCCCAAUCAACGGCCUGGAGGCUCUCACUCUCUUCGUCAGCAAGAUCGAAGACAUCUUGGGCCCUUCCAUGGAGAAAUGGGCCGAGUCCGGGCAGCCUGUCGCACUUAUGACGGAGAUGAAUAAGGUGACUUUGACUUACAUGGUCAUCACAAACAUCUUGUUCGGCGCGAACGUUGAUUACGACAUACAGAAGAUGGAGAGUAUAUUCUACGACUUGGCUCACGGAAAGGAUUGA